GUUGAGUGUUGACUUGAUUAUCGAUGACUUCGUAUGAGCUUCCGGUGUGCCACUCGGUCAACUCGUUUGAUUCUAGUGUGCUGAAUGUGCAACAACCUCAAAUAGAUUCACAGCCAGACCCGCAGCCAAAAGCUGUACUGAAGAAGAAGAAGAAGAAGCCCAAAGUAAAACAUGGAAACACAAGUCACGCCGAAAUGUGGCGCGAACAUCAUAAACGAGUUCUGGGCAUGGAGAGUAAUCUCGAUACGAAGGCUCCCGGCUAUCCAGCCAGCCGCGUAACCGGCGUAAUUGGGUUGCGCCGAAUGGCAUGGCAGUAUAUGGAACGUACCAAGAAAAACAUCCAGAUGCUUGUCGAAUUAUCAAAGACAAUGCGCACGCACGGCGCCAUCAAUCCGUUUCGCUAUGAUCGUGUUUACACGAUGUCAACACUGCCACUAAUGCGGAAGACGCUCGAACGCAUCGAUUUGGAAAAUCAUGACAUUGGUAAACGCAUCCUGGACGUCACUAGCGAGAUUGACACGGGCAUCAAAUCACAACGAAAAUCGAAAAAGAUUGAGACUAAAGAGCCCAUUAAGCCGUUCCAGAUGCCCAGCAAGGGUUUGGAAAAAUACAAAGACUACAACAUUUCGAUCCCCACGACGGACAAGGACUGCUGGAAUCUAUUGCGUCCGCACAUUUAUGUGGACAUCUUUCUGAAGGGGUCACGUCGGCUGGGUCGUGUGGUUGUCCAAUUAUAUACGGAAUCAGCUCCUAUUGUGGUACUCCAAAUGGUGCGCACCUGCAUUUGCGACAUGCACAACAAGUUCAUCAUCAAGCGAAUCUUUCCCAAUCUCUGGAUGGAUGUGGACUUGUUGGAGCAUGACAAUACAGACUUAAGCCAGCCACUGGAGUACGACGGCAAAAUAAUUGACCACGGCGCCUCAGCCUAUGUGCUCUCUUUUAGCAAAGAAUAUCUGCAGGGGUUCUCCGGAAAAAUCUGCUUUUCCAUAUCGUUCAAACCGCUUAGCGUUGCAAAUGGUAGCCGCGUCGGCUUUGGCCAGGUGGUUAAGGGCAGUAAGAUACUCGAGUGUCUACAAAGCUAUGGUACCAAAAACGGCAAGCUUAGCCGCAGCCUGAUAUUCUCAGGCUGCGGCCUGCUCUAAAUUUAUUUAGAAGUC